AUGUCUUAUGCUCGGAUUCUUAUGGAGGUGGACAUAACGCAGAAGCUGUGUGAAGAAAUCAGCAUUAGAGAUCAUACGGGACAAAAGAAGAAGCAGAAGGUUGAGUAUGAAUGGCGCCCUCAGUUUUUUGAAAGAUGUCAGAAGGUUGGUCAUGUGUGUAAUAAGGAGAAGAAGGUUGCUCUAAAAAACUGGCAACCUAAACCUGCCCCUAAUGUGACUGAAGUAGUUGCCAGCUCUCAAGACAAAGAAAGUGUAGCACAGAGGGAGGUAAAAACACCAAGCCAAGAUGAGGAAAAUGUGGAAGUACAGUCAGAGGGAAGAGUAUGGACAGAAGUAGGGAAGAGGAAUAGAGAACAUGGAAAGAAAGCUAUAACAGAAAUUUUUGAGAAAAUUAGGAAGAUUUUGGGUAGUAAAUGGUGCUAUAUUGACAAUUACAGUGACCAUAAUAAUGGUAGGAUUUGGAUUUUGAGGGAUGAGCAUAAAGUGGAUGUUAGGAAAAUAAAGAGCACUCAUCAAAUGGUGCAUUGUGAUGUAUAUAAAAAUGGUGAUUUCCUGAACUGUCUCACUGCUGUAUAUGCUGACAAUAAAUUGGAGGAAAGGAAGAAACUGUGGAAGCAUAUUGAGAAUAUUGGAGAUGAUCUGCAAGGCCCCUGGAGUAUCAUGGGGGAUUUCAACAAUGUUCUAUGCUCCACUGACAAAAUUGGUGGAAGACUAGUCAAAGAGUAUGAAUACAGUUAUCUGAUUAAGAUGAUGGAGAAAAAUGGCCUAUAUGAGAUGGAGAGCAAAGGUGAUAAAUACACAUGGUUCAAUAAUCAUGUGGAUGGAGCUAUCUAUAGCAGAAUUGAUAGGGUGAUUGCAAAUGUGGAGUGGCUGCAGCAAAACAAUCAUUUGAGCCUUUAUGUGAUGGGCCCUAACAUAUCUGAUCAUAGCUUGCUCUGCCUUAAAGGGGAAGGUAGAGUUGUAAAGAAAAGAAAUUUCAAGUUUCUUAACAUGGUUACUGAGCUGGAAGGUUACAACAGUGAAGUAGAAAAAAACUGGAGAAAUAAAGGUACUCUAUGGACUAAACUCAGUAGAUUACAACAUGUGAUGAGGAAGUUUAGUAGGCCACUCAUAGAUGAACAAAUUGCGAGGCAGAGAUCAAAAAUUGCUUGGAUUAGACUCGGGGAUGGUAACAAUUCAUUUUUCCAUGCUUCUUUAAGGAGUAAACAAAAACUAAACAUGAUCAGCAGACUGCAUAAGGAUGAUGGCACUGUGGCUGAAAGUCAACAGGAUAUUGAAGAGGAGGUGUUGAGGUUCUAUGGAAGCCUUAUGGGGAAUGCCAACACCUCCAUUGAGGGAGUUGACAUAAAUCACCUUAGGAAAGGUGAUUAA